UCAAUAAUUGUUUUCUUUUUCAGCGUGACAGCCCUCCAAACAGUAGAAAGCAGAGAAUAAAAGGCAAAGUAAAAACAGAGGAGAGAGAAAAUAAAGGUACACAGAGGAUCAGUUCUGUAGUUCUAGAGAGAGAAAGUGAGAGAUCCAACGGUAAUGGGGUGAAAAACAUGGAAUCAAACUGAAGAAUUCAACUCGGUUUCAUUUUAUUCAAUUUUAUUUUGGUACAUGUAGUUGAAGGGUACAGAACCUUGUUUUUUGUGUAGCAUUUUGUGCUAAAUAAUUUAGGCAAUUUGAUCAGGCUGGCAUUGUGAAAUUGAGUUAGUUUUGGACUGAAUUAUGGCGAAAAGUAAAGACAUGUAUUCUUGGUGGUGGGAUAGCCAUAUUAGCCCGAAGAAUUCGAAAUGGCUCAAGGAAAAUCUCACAGAUAUGGAUAGCAAAGUGAAAACAAUGAUUAAACUCAUUGAGGUAGAUGAGGACUCUUUUGCAAGGAGAGCUGAAAUGUAUUAUAAGAAAAGGCCUGAGCUUAUGAAAUUAGUUGAGGAAUUCUAUCGUGCAUACCGUGCUAUGGCUGAAAGAUAUGAUCAUGCUACAGGGGUAAUUCGCCAGGCUCAAAAAACUAUGGCAGAACACCAAGUUCCUUUCCUUAUGAAUGAUGAUGGGCCUGUGAAUGGCACUCAAGAUUCCGGUCCCCACACGCCUGAAAUACAGGCUCCUACACGAGCUUCAUAUGAUCCUGAUGAAUUGCAGAAGGGUGCAGUGGGUUUAUCGUCUGAGUCUGAUACUGUAGCUGGUAGAAAGGGAUCAAAGCAGCUGAAUGGGUUAGGGAAGGCAAGGAAAGGUCUAAAAUUUCAAGAGGCAGAGGAGAGGGAAAUCGUGGAAAAGAUUGAGAAGCAUCUUGCUGAGACUAAAGCUUUUUCCGAAUCUGAGAGAUUAGGAAAAUCUGAGACUGACAUUCAAGCUCUAAAAGAAGCCCUUGCCAAACUAGAAGAUGAGAAGGAAGCUGGCUUACAUCAGUAUCAGCAGACUUUAGAACGAUUGUCUAAACUAGAGUCUGAAGUCUCUCAAGCCAAGGAGGAUUCUCAAGGAUUCAACGAACGAGCAAGCAAGGCUGAAGCUCAAGUGCAAAGCUUGAAGGAAGCCCUGGAAAAGGUAGAAGCUGAAAGGGAAGCUAGUCUGCUUCAGUAUCAGCAAUGCCUGGACAGGGUAUCCAGCUUGGAAAGCCAUAUAUCUCGUGUGGAAGAGGAUGCUGGACAGCUUACUGAACGAGCCUGCAAAGCCGAAACAGAAGCUGAAGUGUUGAAAGAAGAGCUUUCUCGAUUGAAGGCUGAAAAAGAAUCUCUUCUUGCCAAGUAUAUGGAGUCUUUGGAGAAGAUAGCCAACUUGGAGAACAAAUUGUUGCUAGCUGAGGAUUAUGCCAGCAGGACUAGUGAGAGAGCUGACAGAGCUGAAAAAGAAGUUGAAUCUUUGAGGAAUACUAUAACCAAAUUAACCGAGGAAAAGGAAGCUGCUGUUCUUAAACAUGAGCAGUGUUUGGCCAAGAUAGUGACCUUGGAACGUGAAAUUGUUCUCAUGCAGGAAGAGGCUGAAAGGCUAAAAGCUAAGGUUGAAGACGGGGUAUCGAAGUUAAAGGGAAGUGAAGAACAGUGCUAUCUGUUGGAUAGGUCAAAUAAUUCUUUGCGGUCUGAGGUGGAAUCGUUGGAACGGAAAGUGGGUUUUCAGGACCAGGAGCUUUCUGAAAAGCAGAAGGAAUUAGGUAGACUUUGGACAUGUGUGCAGGAAGAACGCAUGCGUUUUAUGGAGGCUGAAACUGCUUUCCAGUCACUUCAGAAUCUGCACUCGAAAGUCCAGGAGGAACUCAGGUCUGUUGCUGCUGAUCUUCACAAGAAUGUUCAACUUUUGAAGGACCUCGAGAAUCAGAAGCAGAAUUUAGAAGAUGAAGUUCAGAAGGUAAAGGAUGAAAACAUGAGCCUCAACAACCUUAACCUCUCCUCGGCUGCUUCAAUAAGAAGCAUGGAAGAACAAAUCUUUGAUUUGAAGGAGGGUAAAGGGAAGCUUGAACAGGAACUGGAGCUUCAGCUUGAUCAGAGGAAUAAUCUUCAGCAGGAGAUUUCCUCUCUGAAGGAGGAAUUAAAUAGUCUGAGCCAGAGACACCAAAAUAUGUUGAGGCAGGUGGAGUUGGUGGGCUAUGAUUCAGAAUCCUUUGGUUCAUCUGUAAAAGAGAUGCAGGAUGAGAACUCAAAACUCAAAGAAAGCUUCCGGAGCAGUGAGAUCGAGGUAGCUACGGUAAAGGAGAAGCUGAGGGUAAUGGAAAAUCUUGUUCUAAAGAAUGAGCUUCUGGAGAAUUCUAUGUCGAAUUUGAAAGCUGAGCUAGAAGCUGCAAGAAAGAGAGUGAAGGAGUUGGAGCAGUCCUUCCAGAUGCUUCUUGGUGAGAAGUCUACACUUGUUGCCGAGAAAGGUUUUCUGAUAUCUCAGUUACAGAUUACAACUGAGAAUCUAGAGAAACUCUCAGAACAGAACACUUUCUUGGAGAACUCUCUUUUCGAUGCCAAUGCUGAACUUGAGAUGUUGAGGGUAAAAUCUAAAGACUUAGAAAAUUCAUGCAAGAUCCUUGAUGACCAGAAUUCUGCCCUUAUUGCGGAGAAUCAAACAUUGACAUCUGAGCUGGAAACAACACACUGUAAGUUGGAAGAACUCGGUAAAAGACAUGCAGACUUGGAGCAAAGAUUCACAGGUUUGGAGGAAGAGAGAGAAUCCACAACCCAGAUGGUACAAGAACUGCAGGUAUGUUUAGAUACUGAAAAGCAAGAGCACACUAACUCAAACCAAUUGAGUCAGACUCGGAUUGCUGAUUUGGAAAAGCGGAUUCAUCUUCUUGAAGAGGCGGGUGAUCACAUGAGAGAAGAGUUUGAAGAAGAAUUAGAUAAAGCUGUUAAUGCUCAGUUUGAGAUCUUCAUCUUGAGGAAGAGUAUACAAGAUCUGAAAGACAAUAAUUCUUCGUUGCAGAAGUAUUCUGAGAAACUUCUGGAAGCAUCCAGGUUGUCUGAGGAACUCAUUUCGGAACUGGAGAAGGAGAGUCUUGAUAAGCAAGAUGAAGUUAGUGUGUUGUCUGGUCAAGUAAAAGGAUUGAGAAUGGGGAUUUUUCAUUUGUUAGAUGCACUGGAAUCUGAUGUAGGUUCAACACUUGAUGACUGCGGCAAUGAGGAUGAAAGAGUUGUGAACCUUAUACAUGGAAAACUAGAUGAUAUAAAAGCAUCUCUGUAUAAAGCCUGGGAUGAAAAUCAAGAACAUGUAAUACAGAAGUCUGUUUUCCUUGCAAUGAUUUGGCAUCUUAAACAAGAUAUGGCAGAUUUAAAUGCUGUUACACACUCCCUCAGGCAGGAGGUUGAAAGCAGGAACCAGGAAGUAAAUCAACUCCAGAAGGAGAUACAGAAGCUUUUGGAGAGUAAUGAAGAGUUAAUUCUCAAAGUUAGGGAGGGAAGUCAGAAAGAAGUUGUUCUUCUCACUGAAAUGGAAGAUCUCCGGGAGAAGCUGUUUAAUCUCCAGGAGGCUUAUGAUGAUCUACAGAAAGAGAAUUGCAAGGUCAUCGAGGAAAAGGGAUUUUUGAUGAAGGCAUUUGAAGAUUUGGAGGAGGAGAAGCACAACCUACAGGAUGAGUGCUCUUGUAUGGUUGGGGAGGUAGUUGCGCUGGACAACCUGUCAUUUAUUUUCAAGAAUGUCAUCUCUGAGAAAUCAAAGAAAGUCAUACAAUUGACUGGGCAUAUUGAAAAGCUUUGCAGUGACAAUAGUAUUCUCGAGGAGAAAGUGCAAAUAGUAGAGAGGAAACUGGAGGAUGCUCGUAGUAAAAAUAUCAAUUUUGAGCUCUCAUUGAAGAAGUCAGAGAAUGAACUGAAAGAAGUGAGAGUUUCAAAUGAUAGGUUGAAGGAUGAAAUAUCUAACGAAAAGAUUCUUUUUUGCUUGAAAGAAAAGGAGCUUCUGGAAGCAGAGUCAAUGAAAGAGAAUCGGGAUAUCCAAUUACUUGAAUUGUCCAAGAAUUAUGCUGAACAACUGAGAGAAUGUGAAGACCUUCAUGAACUUAUUGAAUAUCUGGAUUCACAGAUUUCUAAAAUGCAGAAGGAGCAUGAAGAUAGUGAAGCAAGAAUCCGAGUUCUGAGCUCUGAAUUACAGAAGGGAAAAGACGAAGUCAAACUAUGGGAGACUGUCGCAGGCACUUUUUUCACUGAGCUACAAAGCUCCAGUGUACGUGAAGCAUUGAUCAAAGAAAAGUUCUCUGAGCUUCUGAAGGCUUAUGAAAUCCUUGAAGAAGAAAGUUAUUCCAAAUGUGUAGAUGUUGUUCAGUUGAAAGAAAGAGUUGGGACCCUGGAAGGUGAAAAUUCUGAAAUAAAGGCUCGAUUGGCUGCUGAUCUCUCGGCCAUUAUGUCCCUGAAGGAUUCCUUGGCGUCUCUUGAGAAGCAUGCUAAUUGGCACAAGAAGAUUCACAAAACUGACGACGAGGAGAAAGAGGGUGUUGAAAACAAUGAAAACCAGAAUGAAGAUCAGACAGCUGUGUUUGUGAACUUGCAUGACAUUCAGGCCAAGGUCCAAGAUGUGGAAAAGGCAGUUAUAGAGCUGAAGCAGCAAGCAGAAGAGGAAAACUCUGGUGUCCGUUCUGAGCUUGACUCAGCACUGCGACAAAUCGAGGCACUAAAAUCUCAAAGCAGCUCACGCCGUGGGAGUGGAAGAUUAAGUAGGCGUGUUGCAUCACAUCCAGAUGAAACAAAGUCCCGAAAAACAAAUCCUGAUGUCUCACCUCCAGAGGAGGAGCUUCUGAUGAAAGACAUUAUGCUUGAUCAGGUAUCGGAUUGUUCAUCCUAUGGGAAAAACAGAAAAGUGACAGGGUCCAAUGAUCAAAUUCUCGAGUUAUGGGAAACCAUUGACCAAGCAGGCAGCAUUGAUCUCACAGUGGGGAAGCACAGCAGAGCAGCUCCUGCUGUUUCCAACAAGUAUUCUCACCUCGACUCUGUAAAAGAGAGCAGGAGUGGUCGUCCCUCAAUAGAGUCAAUGGUGGAGAAGGAGUUAAGAGUGGAUGAUCAGCAAUUGACUUCGAAGAGAUUUAUGAAUCCCGAGCAGGAGGAUAACAAGAGGAAGACCCUAGAGAGGCUUGCUUCUGAUGUUCAAAAGCUAACCAACCUUCAGAUAACAGUGCAAGAUCUGAAGGAGAAGUUGGAAAUGACUGAAAACAACUCCAGCAAGGGAAAGGGUAUUGAAUGUGAUAAUGUCAAGGAUCAACUCUUGGAAAGUGAGAAUACAAUCCUAAAGUUGUUCGAGUACAGUGCAAAACUAAUGAAGAACAUUGAAAAUUCCUCAACAGCAUCGUCUUUUGAUGGAUCAGUUACGGCUGAUUCAUCAGAAGGUGGGGGUGGUAAGAGAAGGAGAUGCUUGGAGCAAGCACGGAGGAUAUCAGAGAAGAUUGGUAGGUUGCAGCUUGAAGUGCAGAAGUUACAGUUUCUUCUAAUGAAACUUGACAAUAACAAAGUAGGCAAAGGUGGGACCCGAGUAAGUGAACGCAGUACGAGAGUCCUCCUACGAGACUAUCUCUAUGGAGGAACUCGGACCCCGCGCAGGCGGAAGAGAACUCAUUUCUGUGGAUGUGUGCAGCCUCACACCAGAGGAGACUGAGGUUGGUGAGGUGUUUAGAAAUUCGAUCAGUUUUAGCUUUUCUUGUAAUUUUUUCGCCUAAUCUUUUAGAACCUGUUGACUUGCAUAUAUUCUCUUUAUUUUUAUGGGAAAGAGAAUCUGGUGUACAAUAUACAUGCUAGGCUUUGUUUAGGGCUUUAAUCUUGCAACAAGUUAAUGCAUUUAGGAAGUUAGUUUUUCCCAUGAUUAAAUAAUCAAUUUCUACAUCUCAGAGCAAUUCUCAAGUCUCUUUUUGCUUCACAUUACUAUUGCCUCCGUUCUAAAAUGUGACCUCUCAUAACUUAGAACAUGAGCUGUACUACGCAUCUAUGCAGGAGAAAUUGAUGAACUUGUAGAUGCAACCGGUUGCAUUAAAUAUUCUAGACAAUCAGUGUUGGUUUGUUA